AUGAACAACAAAGCCGUUACAUGUGUCGCAGUAUACAUGCUGCUCAUGUCGUUCUCGCAGAAGGGCAUCGACAAGCUGGGGAACUUCCAGGAACAUAUGAAGAUGCGCCAUCCGGAUGGGAAGCAGUCGAACACGAAGGACCGUACUGGCAUUUCCGACGGAGUAGCUAGACAAUCUCCGAAGCCUUCUGUCCUUACUGCAAAGCUACGGAGUAUCGGCUUCGUGUCGCUGCAUCAAGACGUCUGGUCUCGUUAUUCUGGAGGGUCAGGUGGGACAGCCAGGACCUUGGAGGCCGUCAGAUUUGAUCCGCACGCCAUUGAAGAGGUGGGCGCCGCUUGGCUGCUCGUGAUUAGGGGGAGAGGGCACGUCGAAGCGGAGCGUGGCAUAUGGUCGUAUGGGUACCAGGAAUUGAGUGCGGCGACAAUGGCGCAGGAGCCACAUACGCCCCAAAGUUGCUACUUAGUGAAAGAUCGACACGGCAAAGAAAUGAUGAACGAGCCACAUAGAGGCUACACCCACGUACCGUUAAUGCAUGCCUUCGACUACAACACAAACCUUCAUCUCUUGUACGUUCCUUCCUGCUGGGUGCUGCACCCUACCCUCGUUUCAACUUGGACCUGGUCAUUCCCCAUGCCUACGAAAAAGACGUCGACCCCUCUCCUCAACACAUCUAAACGCAAAGCAUGGCGGCCUGAUGGCCCGACAAAUGGUCGUUGCCUGUGGGAGCUCCAUCAUGUCUGGGGCUGUGACAACGUUAAGGAUCAACCCGUCGUUCUUCAGGAAACUACUUCAGCAAAAACCUGGUCACUGAAAAGAAGGUCGACUGGUACAUGGACUUUUACUACCCUCUUUUGA